AUGAGGUGGUCUGCUACAGAUUUUCAAUCUCUAUAUUAUUCCAUUGAAUCAGGAAGCUUUGAUGAAUCAUUAUUUCAAGAACUUUUAACAGAUUUACAAAAUUUAAAUCUUAAUGAGAACAAAUUGAAGAAUGCCAAUAGUAGGUCCCAAUUGGAAAAGGGAGAAUUCACAUUGGAAAAUGGGAAUACUUACAAGGUAAAUGAACAGUUUAUGGUAGCAGCUAUAAAUUUAUCCGAUGAAUUGAACCUCGAUGAAUUAGUGGUUUGUGAAUUAAUUUUAUCUGAUCCUUCUACAGGUGAUGAAGAAAAUGAUGAUGAGGUAUCCUUAGUCAGUGCUGGUAAGAUUCAAUAUUUUUUAAGAAGGCAAUUUAUUUUACAAAUCGUUGCGUUUAUUGUUAACUGUGCAGAUGCUGAUAGUCCAGUUUACAAGAAAUUGAAUUCUAAUGGGAUUCUAGCAUCUAAAAUUUUGGAAUCAUUCAAGUUCAUACAUGUUCAAUUGGCAGAUAUUAAACAGUUUGUUAAUAGAGCUCAGAUAUUGGAUAACUACACUGCAUUGUUUCAACAAAACGUGAAAUUUAAAAGGGAUUUCUUACUGAGAGAAUACGACGUUUUGAGUCAAAUCCUUUAUGGAUUGGUCGACAAUAAAACACUACUGAAGAAGGACUACAUUUUACAGAUAUUAAAUGUUGCAUCUGAACUUGAUGCAAACGAUUUUUUCAUAAUAUAUUACUUACCAGCAAUACUACAUGCAUUCCAUGAGUUACACAACUUCCAGGAUUCGGAAGUGAAGGAGCUCCAUUCGCAUUUCAUUAAGGAAUUGAAAAAUGAAUCCAUCUAUGCAAAACCAGUCAAAGUCGCAUUAAUCUUUGUGUUCUUAGCAUAUUUCAUUGGAUGGUGUAAAUUGGAUCCAACAAAGAGAGCGGAUCUUUAUGAUUUUCCUAGAGAUGUUGAUGAACCAAUGACUGCAGCAGUUGAAUUGGGGGCUAUCGAACAGUUGUUGGUCUUUGCAGCUGAUACUUCAGAGGUGGAAAAGGAUAAAAGUAUGGAUCUCUUUUACGACUUGAGAUCGCUUUUAGAAAGACACAUCCCCAGGUUAGUACCGAAACAAUUGCUUGACAAUGAAAGAGAGUUGCAACAGAAUAACAAUUUUAUCGUUAACACUGAGAAUACAAACAGGGGUAAUGGUAGUGUUAGUAAUAGUUUCCAACGCGUUGUCUUGUCUGAACAGACUCAAGGGUUUUUCCUUUCAACGUUUAAUGAAGCACUAAGAACAACAAUUGCCGAUUGUGCCUUUUUGUUAACCAAGAUUAAGGAUGCAGAGGAGGAUUCUCUGUUGUCGGGAGAAGAUCUUGACUUGGACGACAUAUCGAUGAAGGCAGAUUUAGAAAGGUUUUUCCUGACAAUAUAUUUCUUUUAUUCGGCAAGGCCAGAAUUUUCGAAAGUGUUUUGGCAAGAUAAAGAAUCCAACGCAUAUGGCUUUAUCGAAUGGUCCGCUAAAUGUACCGAUAACCUCAUGAGGUCAUGUUUCUAUUUGAUGAUUUCGAGUCUUUCAUAUGGUUCAGAAAAUUCCCUGAGUGUCUAUCAUUAUAUUGGCGGCAACAACAGUGUGUCCUGGCAAAUAAUUGCUCAAUGUAUCAGUGAUUAUAUUUCCAAGAUCAAUAAUUUGACAGAAAAGGUACAACUAAGGCAACAAAAGCAAGAGUCAGAAGAAGUCGAUUUGACAGCUGUUGCAUUCGAAGAAGGCCUCAAUGAGGAAACCGUUGUCUUCAUUUCACCAUUAUUGACACUUGUUGGGACAGUGGCCCAAAAUGUUGAUGAAGAGGUUAAAAAGUCAUUAUCAAACCUCUUUGGUGAUAUCCUAUUUGAGUUUGCUCGACUAGAGACACCACUGAUUGGGGCUUGUUUUAAAACCCUGAGCGAAUUGGUUCCCAAACUAGAAUCAGAAAGAUCCAAAUUUUGGUAUUCUUUGGAUUCAUUUGUCUUUAAAGACACAACUGUCACUUCUCUGCCAGAUUCUUACAGAGAUAUUUUCAGUUCCUCUUUGACGAAUUUCUCAGAGGUUGUUGGGUUUUUACAGCUUUUCAAUAAAUUAAUAUCCAUCGAAUCCAAAGAGGAAAAUAGUGGGCACAUAAUAUUUGGUAAAUUGGCAUUCCCAACUAAACUUGGUGCUAAUUACCGUAAGGCGGGGGUAUGGCCUUAUUUUGACUACAUCUUCAAUGAAGUGUUUGUACAUUCAACUAAACUGCACCAUACUUUGAACGUUAGGUCAAUCCAACUUCCCAUACUUCAGAUUAUUGAACAGGCAUUGUAUUCCUUUGAUUAUAGCGUAAUCUUAGACUCAAUGGCUGCUGGUGUUAAUCUCGAUAAAUUGGUGGAUACAGAGGAUUUCUUCACUUAUAUUCAGGAAUGUCCUGCAACGGCUGCGUUUAACUAUAUCUUCACGGAGAAGGUUUACAAGUGUCUUUUUGAGAUUGGAGAUGUGGGCGUUGAUCAGUUGUCAAUCGAUUUGGAACAUGGGGCUGAUCAACUAGAAUUAAUAGACCUUUCUGUUAAAAUCAUCAAUGACGUUCUUACUUAUCAAGAAACUUAUAUUGAGGAACUGGCGCCUAUAUUUAUGAGACAUGGUAGAAGUGAUUAUUUUGUACCCAAGGAUUUUGGUCUACAUGGUCUACGUUCUUUUUACGAUGCUAUAUUUUUCAAUUUACCAUCAGUUGCGCAUUUUGGUCUAUACGUAGGAGUGGAUGAUUACCUUCUGGCCUCCAAUUCAUUACGGAUAUUGGAUAAGAUAUCUUUGCGUCAUUCCAGUGAAGAUACUCAACUCACAGUGAAGAACAAGUUGCUAGUUAUUUUCGAUUCAGUCGAUGAAUCCGCUAGAAUUAAAGAUGCUUUUAUUUCUCAGGUAGAAAGGCCUAUUGAAAGUCUAGAGAUGUUGACACUCAAAUUGGAAGUUUUAGACUUCAUCAACAACAACUUAUCGUACACUGGUCGAAAGUUUACCGUGGCACAUUUGCUUUUAGGGUUCCAAGUUACCAAUAUUUUAUCAGUCGGACCAGAUUUAUCGACAUUUAUUGGUUCCCAGACUUCACUUUUGAACUCUCUCAUUUUACUUCUAGAAUCUUCCCUACAAUCCAUGAGUGCCGAUAGGAUUGAUUACGCUCCAAUGAGACUUGCUGCUGCUGCUUUGGAGAUCAUUUUGAAACUUUGCAGGAAUCCUUUAACUUCGGGCGUGGUACUAGACUACCUCGCAGAGAGGCAGCUAUUCGAAAGAUUGAUUGAGCUCGAUCUGCAAAUUGACAGCUUCACCUCUUGGGACGGAAGAUUUUUUGACACUAAAUCCCCUGAACAUAUCAAGGAUUUUGUACAGAGCGAGUCCAUUGGAUCUUUGCUCUCUUUUCUGGGUUAUAGGAACUUUUUCCUGCAAUAUAUGAGUUUAGUGAUUCAUCGCUUGUCUACGAGUGGCCGCAGAUCUCAAAUCAAUUCUCAUGUCGAUUUACUCACUUCCAACUCCAUUUAUUCAGCGAAGAUAUUUUCUUUCCUAGAUAGCCUGAAUUUUGAGGAUUUACCGCUUGAUUACAACUCCAUAAAGGGAUUGAGAUUAUUUGCUAAUCUUCCACUGAAUUUGGAAAAAGUCACAUUCAAGAUAUGCUGCUCAGGGAAUAUUUUUGAUUUUAGUGAAAUUCAGUCUUUAAUGAAUUUGUCUGAGAGGGUUUAUGUGAAGGAACCUUUGGUCAACCAGCUGGUUACUGAUGGGACUCAGGUUGAUGGUAUUGUCGAAUGUGCUCGAACUGAAUCUUCGAUUAUUCGCUCUUGCAUAACAAGUUAUUUGAGUCGCAAGUAUUUCAUGGAACGUCAAUUAGCUAUUUUGCAUUCUUGGGUCCAACUGGUUCAAAUUAUUGUAUCGGAUGGUGAGCUUUCACCUUUGACUCGCUCGAAUUUUAUCUUGGAAAUCUUCGGUACAGUGGUCCCCAAAAUCAAUGAUUACCUUGAAUUUGAUAUCUCAUUUUCAGAAGAGCUGGUUUCAUUGGCGGUGUUUUUGUAUGACGUUUACCAGAAAGAUCGGAUUUCUAUUGAUAAUUAUCAGACGGUGGAUAAUAGGUUGUACACUCUGUUCAAAGUUUGUGUCCAGGGUAUCAAUUCGCCCCUUUCAUCCUUUUCUCUCAGAUCUGAUUUUUACGUUCUAACCAAUAAUUACCUUGUUAGAAUGUUGAAAGAUUCCAACUUGGCUAAGCAGGUAUUGCGAGAUUUGAAAUUGAAUUACGAAGUUUUGGUGGAAAUUAUUUGCAAUGAUGCAAUUUAUAGUCAAGGAACAAACAGAAUUACUAGCAUUUUCCUAUUGGAUUCUCUCAUUCAGUUGGGUAAUUUGAAUAAGGAAAACUUCAUACUCGAUUCUCUGGUGAGAAAUACACAAUUACUUUUGAUUAUUCGUACCAUUAAAAAUGUUGACGCUUUACUAUGUUCUCCAUCUGAAAAUAUCAGUAUUGAAGAUCUUCUUUACGAAUUAACGGCAUUCAAGAGUAUACUUUACCUAUUGAUUCGUAUUGCAGAAAGCAAGAAUGGUGCACACGCAUUAAUACAAAACAAAUUAUUUCAAGUUAUUGGAGAUUGCUCAUUUUUGCAAGUAGAUCCAGACUUAGGUUUGGAGUUAGUUUUUGAUGAGAUGUCCGUCAAGAGCUCCAAUUUACUAAGAGUUAACGUGAGUUUAGACAGUUCUCUAUUUUUGGGUAAAGAAACUGAUGGGAUUUCUAUGUUUGAAUUACUCGUUCCCGUUUUCCAACUGAUUUCGGCUGUGUUAUUAAGUAUGGGCAGUUCUAAUCAACCUGUAAUCUUCGAGGUGAAGAAACUUUUGGUGAAGUUUAGAAAACUUUCUUUGGGUAUAUUGAAGAGGGACGCUUUGAAAGAUAUAAACUCCAAGUAUCGUCCUUCAGUAUCAAGCUCUGAAGGAUUGAAGCAGAUGGUAAAACUGAUUGUGAUGUUAUGUACAUUGACAGGCUAUCAUGGGGAGGAGAAGCUUCCUCAAGUAUUUUAA